AGCUGCAGCCUCCGGGCCGGCCGGGAAGGCGGGGAGCGAGCGGCCGUGGAGGAGGAGGGGGAGGCGGCGGCUGCAGCAUCCAGAGCUGGCCCUGGCGGUCGGCGCACCCGGCGCACAAAGGCGCCCAGCCCCUGGGGAAAGCAAUGAGCGCACAGCAGCCAAGUCCCUGGCUACCGCUGCAGCCCUCGCGGCGUGUGCUCGGUGCUCUGGGGAAGAAACCCGGUGCUCCGGAGACGGGCGGCCGAGGUGCGGCCCGUUUGCCCUGAGCGCGGGACUCGUCGCUCUCCAGGUCAGGCGCCAAGCUUUAGGGCCACCAGGGCAAGGGCUUCGGCGUCCCGCUGAGAUCGGCGCAGACCGGCACUUCACCACUCGGGACCGGACCUCGGCGGCCUCUCGCCUCUCCUGAGCGUCAACUUCGUCAAGAACGUCCCUAACUCCAGGGCACCCUGCGGAGAGAGAGGGCGCUGCCGCCGGGUACAGCCGAGAGGACGCGCCGCUGGCUGAGCAGCAGCGGCCGCAGCCAGCAUCCGCGGGGUCGCUCGGGCGCCCCUGAGUGGGCGGCAGUGGCAGCAGACCUCUCUCCCGGGAGUCCCGGACCUGCCAGCGCUGGGGAUUCCUCUCAGGCAGGCGCUCGCCUUCUCUUUUAUGGAGCUUGGGCUCCUGCCACAGCCCAGCAGAGGCUGUGGAGGUCAACCAUCUGGAAGCCUGGUUCCCAGCCCCAGGGUCCAUCCUUGGAUACCAGGAGUGGAGGCUUCUGCGAGGUAGCAGUGGCCAGCAGCGGUUCCCUCCCCAUAGUGAACCAUGGGUCAGAAGCUCUCUGGGAGCCUCAAGUCUGUGGAGGUGCGAGAGCCAGCCCUUCGGCCAGCCAAGCGGGAGCUCCGAGGUUUAGAGCCUGGGCGACCUGCACGGCUAGACCAGCUGCUGGACAUGCCUGCGGCAGGGUUGGCUGUACAGCUGAGACACGCGUGGAACCCUGAGGACCGCUCCCUCAAUGUCUUCGUCAAGGAUGACGACCGCCUCACCUUCCACCGACACCCAGUAGCCCAGAGCACAGAUGGCAUCCGCGGCAAGGUGGGCCAUGCCCGGGGUCUGCACGCUUGGCAGAUCCAUUGGCCCGCUAGGCAGCGGGGCACCCACGCUGUGGUGGGCGUGGCCACGGCCCGAGCCCCUUUGCACUCUGUGGGUUACACCGCGCUGGUGGGCAGUGACUCUGAAUCGUGGGGCUGGGACCUGGGUCGCAGCCGCCUCUACCACGACGGCAAGAACCGGCCUGGGGUGGCAUACCCUGCCUUCCUGGGGCCAGAUGAGGCCUUUGCUCUGCCAGAUUCCUUAUUGGUCGUACUGGACAUGGACGAGGGCACGCUCAGCUUCAUCGUGGACGGCCAGUACCUGGGCGUGGCCUUCCGUGGCCUCAAGGGCAAGAAACUAUACCCGGUGGUGAGCGCCGUGUGGGGUCACUGUGAAGUCACCAUGCGCUACAUCAAUGGCCUUGACCCUGAGCCUCUGCCGCUGAUGGACCUGUGCCGGCGAUCCAUCCGCUCAGCCCUGGGCAGACAGCGCCUGCGGGACAUCGGCUCCCUGCCCCUGCCUCAGUCUCUCAAAAACUAUCUGCAGUACCAGUGAGUGGCGCUGAGGACCUGCUGUCAUCUGUGGUCACACAGCUCUGGAGCAUCAGGACACAUCACUGACUUGGAAAAAGGAAUGCCCGUUUCCUUUGCUGCCAUCAGCCAAGGACCAGGAGGCCUCCUGGUGAACCAGAGAGUAGAGACCAUUUCUCCCUCAAGAGAAUGAAUAAAACAUUCGGCAGGAGACGGCAUCCAGUUCCCCACCACAUACAGGCCCUGGAAAAAUUGGCCAGUGGAGAGAAAAUAGGUUCUGAAUAAUGAAUGACAGAAGCGAGUCCUCGACGGUCUCCUCCACACCUGCC